AGAGGAAAGAACAGUCGUCUGGGACAGAUGAUCAAGAUUAAAGCUACAUCAGCUCAUGCAAAGUGAGAAAUGUAAAUGCACCUGCACUAGCAAAUGGAAGUACAUGCCAGCAUACUUUGCUUAGCAUAAAAAGCAAUGAGAGGGGCAGUAUAAUGGCCAAGAAUAAGGAGCCCCGUCCGACAUACGCUGUCAGUGUCGUCGGACUCUCAGGCACUGAGAAAGAGAAGGGCAACUGCGGCGUAGGUAAAUCCUGCCUAUGCAACAGAUAUGUGCACCCCAGUGCAGACUGCUAUUACUCAGAGCACACUUCUGUGUUGAGCACCAUUGACUUUGGAGGGCGCGUGGUGAAUAACGACCAUUUCUUAUACUGGGGUGAAGUGUUCCAUCGAGGGGAUGAUGGCCUCGAGUGUCGAAUCCAGGUCAUUGAGCAGACGGAGUUCAUUGAUGACCAAACCUUCUUGCCUCAUCGGAGCACAAACCUGCAGCCUUAUACGAAACGGGCUGCAAAUACGAAGAUUCAGUCUGCUGAGAAGCUGAUGUACAUUUGCACAGACCAGCUUGGGUUGGAACAGGAUUUUGAUCAGAAGCAGAUGCCAGAUGGCAAGCUCAACAUCGAUGGCUUUGUGUUGUGUUUAGAUGUAAGCAAAGGAUGCAAUAGGAAAUUCGACGACCAGAUGAAAUUUGUCCACAGCCUCUAUUCUCAAAUUUCCAAGACGAAAAAACCCAUAAUCAUCGCAGCAACAAAAUGUGACGAGUGUGUCGAGCAAUACCUGAGGGAGGUGCAGACGUUUGUUACAGGUAAAAAGAAUCUCAUGUUGGUGGAAACAUCAGCUCGAGUGUCUGUGAACGUGGAACUCUGUUUCAAUGCUCUGAUACAGCAGAUGGACAAAACCAGAGGAAAACCCAAAAUCAUCUCUUAUUUGGAAGCGUACAAAUCCCAGAGACAAUUAGUAGCUUCAGUUUCAGACAAGUUUGAAAAGCUCAUCGUUCAAACUGUUCGUGAUUAUCACACAAGCUGGAAAAUUGUGAGCAAUAAGUUGAAAAGCCACCCAGACUAUGAAGAGUACAUCAACUUAGAAGGAACCAAAAAGGCAAGAAACACCUUUUCGAAGCACAUAGAACAGCUGAGACAAGAGCAUAUCAAGAGGCGGCGUGAGGAUUAUCUUACUAGUCUGCCAAAAAUUCUUAAUAAGUUGCUGAACAACCUGGAGGAAAUUGAGAUGCUGAGUUGGACUGAGGCUCAGAGCCUUAUGAAGAGCAGGCCUGAGUUUCAAUACUAUUUCAUUGAGUUAGAACAAACUCCGUGGUAUGAGACAGACCACCUCGAUAAAACUGAAGACAGAAGAGUGCCCUUCGAUAUCCUCAAAACAAUGGAAGGAGAGAGAAUUUAUCAAAACCAUGUACAGCAUUUGAUAUCUGAGAAGAGGCGUUUGGAGAUGAAGGAGAAAUUCAAGAAGACGCUGGAGCGAGUGCAUUUCAUUAGUCCCGGUCAGCCGUGGGAAGAGGUCAUGUGCUUUGUCAUGGAGGACGAGGCGUACAAGUACAUCACCGAAUCAGACCGCAGGGAUGUUUACAGUCGGCAUCAGCAGGAAAUAGUUGAAAGGGCCAAAGAGGAGUUUCAGGAAAUGCUUUUUGAGCAUGCAGAGCUGUUCUAUGACCUCGAUUUGAACGCGACCCCGAGCUGUGACAAGAUGAGUGAGAUUCAUGCCGUACUUAACGAGGAACCUAGAUACAGAGCUCUCCAGAAACUCGCCACUGACAGGGAGUCACUUUUACUGAAACACAUUGGGUUUGUCUAUCACCCCACGAAGGAAACGUGCCUCAGCGGCACGGCCUGCAUCGAUCUCAAAGUUGAGCAAGUCCUCGCCAACAGGUUAGUUCAGCUGGAUCACGGCCACUCAAAUAUCUACUACAACAGUGCCAACAUUGAUAAGGUUAACUUGUGUCUCGUGGGCAGAGAAGGAUUGGCGCAGGAGCUCGCGAAUGAAAUCCGAGCUCAGUCUACUGAUGAUGAAUACACCCUUGAUGGGAAAAUCUAUGAAUUAGACCUUUUGCCUGUGGAUGUCAAUUCCGGCAUGCUUUUAAACCAUUCCUGGAUAUCAAAUUUCAAGCCCCAUGGGUUCUUUUGUGUCUUCAGCUCUAUAGAGUCGCUUAAUUACAUCGGUGACCGCGUAAGCCGGAUCCGAGCUGAGAUUGCCCAGAGCAGAAGGGAUAGGUAUAGCCAGCCAAUGCCAUUCAUACUCAUUCUAGCAAAUCAGCGAGAUAGUGUUUGCAAAAACAUGCCUAUUUUGAGGCAUCAGGGCCAACAGCUUGCAAAUAAACUACAGUGUACUUUUGUAGACAUACCCUCCGGUACUUUUCCCAGGAAGUUUAAUGAGUCUCAGAUAAAACAGGCCCUCAGAGCAGUGUUGGAGGGAUUGAAGCACAAUUUUGACAUGAUGAGCCCCAUGCCCUCCAUUAAGGAUUUGUCUGAGACAGAUUUGCGGAUAGUCAUGUGUGCCAUGUGUGGAGAUUCAUUCAGCGUGGAUCUCAUUCUCUCACCAUUCUUGGACUCACAUUACUGCAGCGCCGGACAGCCCGGGCAGUGCAACACCUUGAUCCUUGACAAAAUCAUUGGCGACCGCCGCAGACGCAUACAGGUCACUGUGUUCUCCUACCACUCCUCAAUUGGAAUCAGAAAGGAUGAAUUGGUGCAUGGGUACAUUCUUAUUUACUCAGCAAAACGAAAGUCUUCCAUGGCUAUGCUGAGGGCUUUCCUGGCCGAAGUCCAGGAUGUCAUUCCAGUUCAACUGGUGGCAAUUACAGACAGCCAAGCAGACUUCUUUGAGAACGAGGCAAUAAAAGAGCUGAUGACUGAAGGGGAGCACAUUGCCACAGAAAUUACGGCUAAGUUUACUGCUCUCUACUCCUUGUCCCAGUAUCACAGACAGACAGAGGUUUUCACACCAUUUUUCAAUGAGGUCCUCGAGAAGAAGAACAACAUUGAAAGCUUCUUCAUGUUCGACAACAGCAGGGAUGGAAUGGGCACCAGUGAAGACGUCUUCCCGCAAUCACCUCAUAGCCAUUCGCCUGCCUACCAAUAUUACCCUGACUCUGAGGAUGAUGGGGAGGGGCCCCCACCUUACAGCCCGAUAGGUGAUGAUGUGCAGCUGCUGCCCAAUCCUAGUGAACGGAGGUAUAGAAUCGACCUGGAAGGGAAUGAGUACCCAGUUCACAGCACACCUGUUGGUGAUCAUGAGCGUAACCACAAAGUGCCUCCCCCUGUAAAACCCAAGCCCAAUGUGCCACCUAAACCCAAUGUAAAGAAGCUUGACCCCAACCUUCUGAGGACCAUUGAAGCUGGAAUGAGGACCACCAGGUGGACACGAGGUCCAAUGUUGGGACAUGGCGAUGACCUUGAAGCAUCUGAUAACUAUGCAGAGCCGGCCGACACUCUUUUCAAAUCAAAAGGCUUCAGUGAUGACAUCUAUGCUGUACCGGAAGAUGCACACAGCAGAUCUGGCAGGAUCCGCAAUUCUUUUGGCGGACUCGCUUUGCAUGGGGAUGAGGAGAAUGGCUUUGACUCCAGGUCUAAGUCUCAGGGUGGCAGAAGGCCUUCUAAGUACAAACAUCGUUCCAAGAUCCUCUUCAGCAAGACUAAAGCUUAUCAUAGACGAGUGCACUCAGAUGUCAGUGAUGAUGAGUCGGGGCCUGCGACACAGAAGAAGAAGAAAGGAAGGGGCAACCGAGGAAGUGAAGAAGAUCCGCUUCUCUCACCAGUGGAUCCUUGGAAAGGAGGGAUAGACAAUCCAGCCAUCUUAUCGGACCCAGAGCAGGAUGAUAAGAAAAUGAAGAAGAAGAAACAACCAAAGACCAAGGAACCCAAAAAGGCAAAGUCAACAAAGACCACAAAGUCAUUGUACCCACCAACUCGAAGAAAUUGGGAAAGCAACUAUUUUGGGGUGCCUCUUCAGAACUUGGUCACACCUGAUAGGCCCAUACCUUUGUUCAUUGAGAAGUGUGUUGACUACAUUGAGCGCACAGGUCUUACCACAGAGGGCCUUUAUCGAGUGAGUGGAAACAAGACGGAUCAAGACAACAUUCAGAAACAAUUCGACCAGGACCACAGUGUUGACCUGAUAGUGAUGGAUGUAGCUGUGAAUGCCGUGGCUGGGGCCCUGAAGGCCUUCUUUGCCGAUCUCCCCGACCCCCUCAUACCGUAUUCUCUCCACCCAGAGCUAGUUGAAGCAGCCAAAAUUGUAGAUCAUUAUGAGAGACUGCAAGUGCUGAAGGAAAUAGUGCGGAAAUUUCCUCCUGUGAAUUAUGACGUUUUCAAAUAUGUCAUCACUCACCUCAACAGGGUAAGUCAGCAAAGUAAGACCACGUUGAUGACGGCUGACAAUCUGUCCAUUUGUUUCUGGCCCACACUCAUGAGGCCAGAUUUUGAGAACAAGGACACACUGUCCACCACCAAACUCAACCAGUCCGUCAUCGAGACCUUCAUCCAGCAGUGCCAGUAUUUCUUCUAUGGUGGUGAAAUCACAGAGCCGUCCAGUGCCGAGGGGACGCCUCCUCCACACGGCCAUGGCUUAGAGUCCCUGCUGGCCCUGCAGCUCCCUCCUCCUCUCCAACCACAGCAGAUCCAGCACCCGCUGCCCCCCGAACCCCUCAUAUAGACCCUCUACUCCCAUUUGGCUUGUAGGUGUGCGUAUAAGCCUCUUAAAAUAAUUUUUCCCCUGUUCUGUUCCUCAGCCAAUCUGAAUGAGAGGCUGAAUAAAACUGUAAAGAUAAUGGUUAUGUCAGUUUGACCUAGUAAAUGUGCACAUUGACUAAUUUCAAACAUGGCAAACAUAAGAAAGAUAUAUUUAUGAAACUUUUUUUUGGUUUUGUUUUGAAAGACAAUGAAGCUGUCGGUCACUCACCAAAACCACCACAUGCACGGCUUGCCAUAAUGGCAAAAUGUGCCAUUUUUCUGCUUGUGUUCGUCCCCUUUUUAUUUUACAAUGGACUAAAGAUAUAUUUUUAGGAUUAUUUUUAUCUUAAAGGCAGCAGUUGUAGUUGGGGUGGUGGUAUCCCACGGUGUUUGGGAAUGAAGUAAUUUGAGUUUAUAAAAUCAGGGGCACCUGCCUAGGAUGCACUUUGUCCUACAGACUUUGAACUGGGAGCCCCGCGUACUCUGGAAACCACAGAAAGGGAAGCAGCCCACUGCAACCGUUCGGCACAUCUCAGAGAUCCAGGCUUCAGAAGACGCCCGGCUAUCUCAGUUUCGUUUCAUGUUCGUUCAUUUUGUUUUCUGCAGACCACCUCCAAAAUUUCUAUGGUCUCUGUUGAUUUAUUUCUUAAACUGAAUUUGCAUGUUCUUUGCCACUUGUAAUAGCUGAAAGAGAGAGAAAAAAUGCUUAACUGUUUUUAUGCAAGACUUUUUUUAUUGUUUUGUUUUUAAUUCGAACUUGUUUGAGGGAACAUUAAACUGGGGUAAAAUUGUUAUAUUCGUUCGUUUGUGUCAUGCCAUAGUUCCACUCAUUAUAUUUUGGCUUUAAUUGUUUCCCUACAAUAGGAAAAUAUAAAUAAAUCUAUGUAUAGAUAUAUGUUGGCAUCGUUUGAUGGCUGGCAAAAUAAAAAUCAUGGGGUACUUGAGCUCUGAAUAAUCUUGUAAAACUUAUAAUCAGAUUUCUUUGUGGUAUAAUGUAUAAAAAUUUGGGGUUAGAUCCAUUGACUGUACUUAAUUCCCUAUAUGAAUAAAACGUUUGUUUUGUUAGAUGGUACUGAAUUUUGUUCCACUGUAAAAGAUGCUGUUUAGAAAGCUUGCAGUCUUUGUGUGGACUACAGCACAAAUCAAAGGUGUUUAGUUGUGAUACAGGAGCUUGUAUGUGAAUGGAUGGGAACAAAAAUGACAAGAUUUAUCUUAAUUGACUCACUAAAACGGAGGAAAGGGCUCAAUAGGGUAAGUGUGCAGCUGCUAGGAUCCCAUUUAGUGUAGAUUAAAAGAAAAGAGCAACAUUAUGUUCAUAUGACUGUCUCAUAUGAUGUACAAACUAAAUAUUUUAACAUCAUCUGCUAUGUAUUAUAGUAAAUAAAUGAUUUUGACAAAUGA